AUGGAGUCUACCCCCCGGCUAACCCUACGUUCCCUCCCCAAAACGCUCCCACCCGGCUUCCUCACAAAAUACACACCUCUUUCUAGGGAACAAGCCGGCCACCUCCGACACAUUCACAACCUCUCCACGCAACGCCCCGGAAUCUGGGGCGUAAUGGGCACACAGGACCCAGGCCAAGAAUGGGUCGACGCCUACCGGUACCAACUCGCGACAAUGGCCUACGCCGCCGGUGCAGCGCACUACCACCGACUUCCCGCCGUGCGAUCCCUCUUCAAAAGGCUCUUGUUGGAUCUUAUAUCGAAAAUGCUCAAGCGCGAUGUGUGGGGGUACUGGUUUCUAACCUCGCACUCGGGUAUCGCCGUUGAUCCUGAUCUAAAGGAGUUGCGCAAACCCUGGGCGGAUCCGAUCGUGAGGGAGAAUAUUAUGUACUCGGGUCAUUUGUUGCUGAUGGUUUCGCUGUAUACGAUGCUCUUUAACGAUGAGAGGUAUGAUGCGCAGGAGGCGCUGCAGUUUGUUUGGGAUCCGGUGUUUUGGGGGAUGGGGAAGGAGGUUUUUUCAUACAGCAGGCGGUCGCUGCAGGAGGUUGUUUUGUCCGAGAUGGAGAGGCAGGGGUGGCUGGGGGCUUGCUGUGAGCCGAAUACCAUCUUUGUGGUUUGUAAUCAGUUUCCGAUCAUUGCCUUUCGGUACAAUGAUAUCCACGACAAGACGAACAAUGCGGAGAAGGUCAUCCUCAAGUAUAACGAGGCCUGGGGCGGAAAGGGGUCAUACCAUCGUGAUGGCAUGAUGGUCGACUGGUACACAGUCAGGCAAGAUAGCAUCAAAGCAUCUGGAGGAAUCGGGAGUACUGCCUGGACCGCCACAUACAUGAACGCCUGGAACCCCGAAGUCGCACAUCAAACCUUUCGCACCCAAACAACAGGCUUCCUAACCCGCGUUGAGAAAGACCGCGUAAACCUCAACCCGGCGCCCAUAGCACACACAAUCCGCAAACUCGUCAAGGACGAAAAUGCAGACCCUCAUGAUCCUGCAACAAUUGCCACAGCCACCGCGGCCGUUCGUCAGAAGUUUCCUGCGGGGCAGCCGAAAGCGCCAUACCCCGGCCCGACGUUCGGAUACGUGACCAUGUGGACCUCAGAAGUCGGUGACAGCGAUACGCUUAACGGACUCUUGAACCACGCAGAUCGGUACCUAGGUCCAACAUGGAAGGAUGGAGGACUAUACUAUGCCGCAAACGAUGAGAACGAUGUCGAUGCCGAAGGCAACUGGAAGAUGAUGGAUCCGUUCACGGGAAAUGCAGCUAUAGCGUAUGCGAGGUUGAAUGUGCCCGAUGGACAGAGGAAGAUGUGGGUUGAGCCGUGGACGCCUGAGAUAGUUGACAACGCGCCAUUUGUGGCGGAUUUGGAGUUAGGGAGCGGAGUUGAUGUCCUCAGGGGGGUUUGGGAUGAGACAAGGGGAGCUAUGGUUUUGACGGUCAGGACGUGGGAUGGGGCUGCGAAGCAGGUACGACCAACCUUCCAUAAUCUCCGGGCUGGAGAUUACGGCGUCUAUCACGACGGUAGUCUCGUCAAUGCAAGGACAGUAAAGCGCGCCGGAGACACCAUUCAACUAAGCUUGGAAGUUACUGGACAUGAGUUGACUGUGGUCGUGCUAGCGAAUAAGUAUGCCUCAUCCUCAAGACUGUGA